AUGGUCGUCGGGAAAUCAGGCAAAUACCCAGAAAAUAUAGGAUUGAGUAUUAGAAACGUAAAACAACUAGAAGUAAAGGUCAAGAACAAUAGAGCACUCACCUCCAGGAAACAGGAUAAUCCAAGAAUAGCCCUAAAACCCGGACCAAAUCUUCCACGCCGUCUUUCAGCCUUCCAACUUAGGGUUAAUUGUUGGAUUUAUAGUGAUUGUUUAAGCCCAAAUCCUCGUAUUCCUGAAAAACUGGAAACUGCUAAAUUUAUUACCUGCUACUUCAUAGG